CCCGACUCGACUCCGUAUUAACUGUGGCGAAAGCUCUCCGAGAACUCGCGCAAGUAGGUCCUCUUCUGACUUCUGCAACUUAAGAAACCCCAGAAACGGACACGGAUUCGCCUCGCUCCGACUCGGUUUGUUCUUUCUCUUUAGCUUACUCUGCUACUUUUCAUCUCGGAGCAACACUUUUUAUCGUUUGAGUUGAUGGGUUUCUGGGUUUCGGUUCAAAUGCUUCGUAGUUGAAUUAAUUUGAUUUUCUUGCUCACGGGUUCAAAAUAUAUAUAGAAACGACGUCGUUUUUCAGUGUAUAAGAACCCAGAGCCUCCCAUGUUCUGCAAGCGGAAAACGACCGUCAUUUCUCUUGAGCCAGAGCCACUACUACAUCAGAUCUCCCUCUUCUGCUUGUUUCUCUUGAGCAGAGCCACUACAUCAGGAAAUGGGUACGGCUGCUAAGUCUACAAACUCUCUUGCUUUCUUCUUCAAUCAUUUGCGUAUGGAUCCUCGUUAUUCUCAUGCAAGGCUUUCUUUCCAUGCUCUAAAUUAUUAUUAUUAUCGUUGUCGUAGUUUUUGUUCUACUUCUGCUACCACUACCAGUAGUGGUACAGAUAAUGUGGAAAGCCCCAAUCAGUUCUUGCAAUCUGUGAGAGAUCGGUGCAGUUCUGGAAGCUUAAGGAAUCUUGAUGAUGCCUUGGGCUUGUUUGAUAGAAUGCUUCACAUACACCCUUUGCCUUCCCUCAUGGAUUUUACUCAAUUGCUGACUGCAAUUGCAAGAAUGAAGCAUCACUCAACCGUUAUUACUCUGAUUAAAGAAAUGGAACUGUCAGGAAUUACUCCCAAUAUAUAUACUCUGGGCAUUCUGAUUAAUUGCUUCUGCCACUCGAAUCGGGUGGAUUUCGGCUUCUCAAUCUUAGCUAGAAUUUUGAAACUUGGUUUUCAAUUAAACUGUAUAAUUCUUAGUACUCUUGUCAAGGGGCUCUGUCUUCAAGGUAAAAUUGCUGAAGCUGUGAAGUUGGCUAACAAAAUGGAGAAAAUAGGUUACAGACCAAAUACAGUUACCUACGGAACGAUAAUGAAUUGUUUGUGUAAAAUAGGUAAAACCAGUGAAGCUGUUGGGUUGUUAAGAAAGAUGGAUGAAGGAAAUCAUGAGCUUAAUGUAGUGCUGUAUAGCACAAUUAUUGAUAGUUUAUGUAAGGACAGAUUGGUAACUGAAGCUUUAAACUUUUUAUCCGAAAUGACAAAUAGAGGAAUUCAGCCAAACGUUUGCACUUACAAUUCUUUAAUUCAAGGCCUAUGCAAUUUCGGCCGGCGGAAGGAGGCAAUUAAACUAUGGAAUGAGAUGGUGGAAAGGAAAAUCAUGCCAAAUGUGCGUACAUUCAACAUAUUGGUGGACAUGCUUGGCAAAGAAGGGAAGUUGAAAGAAGCAAAAGAAGUUUUUAAUGUGAUGAUUCAGAGAGGCAUAGAGCCUAAUACAAUUACUUACACUUCUUUGAUUGACGGUUACUGUUUGCAAAAUAGAAUAGACGAUGCUGUCAAAGCAUUUAAAACGAUGGUUAGAAAGGGUUGUUUGCCUUCUGUUGUUAGCUAUAACAUAUUGAUCCAUGGAUAUUGUAAGAAUAAAAAAGUUGAUGAGGCAAUAAGUCUCUUUCGUGAAAUGUCUAACAACGGAAUAAUUCCCGAUGUUGUCACUUACAACACUCUUAUUGGAGGGUUUUGUCGAGUUGGGAGACCUAAGAAUGCAUUAGAGCUACUCCAUGAUAUGCAAGGUUGUGGCCAACAUCCUGAUUGCCAAACUUAUGUUAUUUUGUUAGAUGGUCUGUGUAAGAAUCUACAGUUUCCAGAGGCAAUGACAUUGUUUCAAGAGAUGGAAGACAACAAUUUAAACCAUAAUAUUGUGAUUUACAACAUCUUGAUUAAUGGUAUGUGUAAUGCUAGGAAACUUUUUACUGCAAGAGAACUCUUUAAUAGUCUUCCUACCAAAUAUUUGCAAGCUGAUGUUUGGACUUACAAUAUAAUGAUCAAAGGGCUUUGCAAAGAGGGGCUACUAAUUGAAGCAAGGGAGCUAUUUGAGAAAAUUGAGGAAAAUGGUUGUUCGCCUGACCAUUUUACAUAUAACACAAUCAUCCAAGGCUUCUUGCAACAUAAUGAGACAUCAUUGGCAGUGAAAUAUCUCCAGAUGAUGGUUGAAAAUGGUUUCUCGGCAGAUGCGACCACUGCAACCAUUUUGUUCGACUUGUUGUCUACUAAUCAGGCAGAUAAAACAUUACAAGGUUUUUUUCAAAUAUCUGUGUGAAAGCUUUCUAGUUCUUCAAGAUGCAGGACAAAAGUUCAUAUUCUAACAUUUACAGUGCCAAUCUGUAAGGUACAAACAUAUUUGCUGCAAGUCAUUAAGGCUAACAAGCACACUAUUAUUUUGAUGCAAACUUCUCCGAACUGAUCCGCUAGAUCAUUUAUGGAGUAUGAAUAAAUAAGUCAAGCUAUGGAUGCUAUUGGCUAUCUGUUAGAGCACAAGCCUCGGAAUCUGUGCAGCUCAUUCUUUUCAGAGCAGGGUUACUACCUCCACCACCCAUGAUGGUAAUUGGAAGUAAGGUGGACCACGUGACACACGUCCUGUUGAUCCGAUGACUGUCUGCGUCUUGACCCCAUCGAAGCAAGCUAAUGCUGACCAGCCAAAAGACUGUGAAGGUGAUGAAGAUUGAAGAUGGUGCUAGUACCUCGUGAAACUCUUCAUUGCAGUUGUUAAGACCUUCUUAUUUUUGUUUCUUUGAUCUCUUUUUGGGGGGAGGGGGUUAUCCAGGGUAUCAAGAGUCCUUAUUUCUACUUGGAUAUCCUCCAGAGAAGCAGUUUGGUCUUGCUUAAUUCUGAAGAAUAACUCUCAGUCUUUCUGGGGAGGACAGCACCGUAGGUGGUGAAAUUGGCACUUGAUUCCACCACACCAUACAGGGAUGUUAAGUGUUCUGUAAUGGCUGCACUAUCGAAUGUUCUUUAAGAAAAUUACUGAAUUGAUCGUUUUGGGGAGGCUGCUGUAUUGAAUGUUGGAUCUUUCUCAGAUU